ACUCUCGGUCCAGAUUCAACCGUGGCUCAUGGGAACCUGAGCGACUGUUGUCUCUCACCCUCAUGUACUGUUACACCUUCAAAACAACAGCACACACCUGAUUUGCUCCUGUGAUGCUCAUCUUUUUCCUUUUUCUGAGAGGAGCAGCUCAACACGAGGACACUUUUAACAUUUUAGGAAUUUGGUUGAAGAGUAGACGCUCAGGAUGGAAUCUUCUCUAUGAGUGAGGGAUGAAACAAAGAAGAAAAAAGAAUCAGAAAUCUGAGCUUAAUUGUAUCUAACAUCUAGAUUGGAGAUUAACUCACAAGAAGCCUUGAGAUGAAGAUCCGUGUGGUUCAGAUCUGGGGUUUCCUCAUGACCGUUUUGGGCUGGAUCUUCGUGGCUUGCACCAUGGCCAUGGAGGGCUGGAAGAUCACCUCCAUUGGAGGCAUGGGCGGCUCCUCCAUCCUCAAGGUGGCCUGGUACUGGUCCAGCCUCUGGAGAAGCUGUUUUACAGACUCGACUGCUGUCAGCAACUGUUACGACUUCCCUGUUCUUUGGUCUGUGGAAGGCUCAAUCCAGAUAGUGCGCGGCCUGCUGAUGGGGGCUCUUUCCCUGGGAAUGCUUGGAUUUGUGCUGAGUUUGUUGGGGAUGGAAUGCACCUUUAUAGGAGGAAAGGAUCGGUCAAAGUACAAGAAGAUCUACGCUGGUGGAUGGUGCCACAUUAUCGCCGGUGUGCUCUCCACAUGUGGGUAUGCCGUUUAUGCACAGUACGUCUCAGUAGAAUACUUCAGCCCUGAAUUUGACGGACUGAGGUACGACCUUGGCACCCCUAUCUUCCUCGGCUGGGUCGGCUCAGCCUUUCACACGACCGGUGGUUUCUUCUAUGUGUGGUCAGUGUGCACGCCGCUCUGUGGAGGAGAAGUCACAGUCAUCACUGUCCCGCCACAACCCGAUCCUGAGCAAAACAAGUCCACAACAGCUCUGUCCACUGUGUCCGGGAUCACCUCAAAGACCAAACUGUCCUCUGUGUCCGAGCUAUCGUCCCGGACUGAGCGCUCAGAUGUGUCCGACAUUUCCUCAAGAUCAGAACGCAGUUCGAUAUCUGGACUCACGACCAAGUCAGGGCGCUCAACAAAGACACGGGAGACAGCUAGGUCUGUAGGAUCUGCGGGGUCAAAGUCAGGGUCAGGGUCAGAGUCUGGAAGGUCUUCAAGGAGCAGCGGCAGCAGCGGCAGCAGUGGCAGCAGGACGGUGUCAUCAGGAAGUUCACGGAGACAGACUACGCCAUUUAUCAAGAACUCUUAUAUUUAAAUUAUUGAUUAGAAGAAAUUUCAUGGACUUUGUUUUUUUAUUCAUUUUAUACAUUUGGUGAUGAAAUAAAAUUUGUGUAAUGUGUUUUUAUUGCUGAAAAUGUAAUUUUUUGCCUGAUGUUUGUUUCCAUCAUCUUACACUCAAGGUAUAAGGGACUCUUCUAAUCAUCCUCUGAACCUCUGUGUCCUUAGAAAACAAAUAAAACUCCAGCAGGCUUCUCCUGUCUGGUUGACGGUAAACAGUCUACUUGGUUUUAUUCAGACCAGUUCACAUCCAGCGGAGCAGCUGCUGGAAGAGGACUGCUCCUUUACAGAUUUCUAACACAAAGCCACACUCUCGUGGAUUCUAUUUUCUUGUAUACAAGCGACCACUUCCUUUACAGAGUAGGAAGGAAUAAGAGACAUUUGGCUUUACCAGCUCUGCAUCUCCACUCUCGUUAACAUCUCAAGUUGAUUGGUGAAGGCUCCUCUGUUCAGCAGACUGAGGCAUGUGGAGGAGACAUGCUCAGAUCCUGGGCCUGCUGCUCUGCACGCUGGGCUGGUGCUUUGUGGGCUGCACACUGGCUAUGGACCACUGGAGGUGAGCAAAUAAGAGAACACAAAAAGAGAGAAUGUACCUGAUGCACAGACAGUGUUGUGCUUUAGGACAACAUCAGAGUCUGAAACUUCUAUCAUUGCAAAGUAUAAAACAAUGUUGGAAUUGAGGGUGAAAUUAUUUCUUUUGGUGGAAUAAAAGAUAAUAAAUUAUAUAUUCGAAAAAUGUGUCACAAUAAAGUCACUUUAUGUCAUUGGA